GAGGCAUGGAACAACCUAUUUUUACAAGGAAAUUCAUUAGGAAACUAAUGAACUAAUGAAGGUUUGAGCUUCAUUGAAACUGAGAGAAGAUUAAAGGAAAAUGGCCCGAAUAUUCCUCUAGCUGUUGGCAUCUUCUGUGGAGUGCCUUUUUUCACUCUUUCAAUAUUAUUUUGAUUGUUUUGUCAGCCCUUUCGUACUUAGCUAGUGACAGUCCCAAUGGAUGCAUCAUGCUCGUAUUGGUCUUCAUAAACGUCUCCCUCCGAUUUUACCAGGAGUAUGGAAGUUCAAAAGCAGCAAUGAAGCUCUCAGAAUUUGUUCGAUGCCCGGUUAAAGUUCAAAGGGGUGCAGGUAGAGUUGUUCAGACUGAAUUAUGUGUUCGAGUUGACCAAAGAGAUGUUCCUGGUGACAUUGUAAUUUUUGUACCUGGCGACCUUUUUCCUGGUGUGGUGAGGCUACUAACUUCAAAACACUUGGUUAUAAGUCAAUCAUCCUUGACAGGGGAGUUUGGAACAACUGAUAUAAGAGAAGAUCAGAGCACACCUUUGCUAGAUUUGAAGAAUAUAUGCUUAAUGGGAAACUUGUCGAAGAGAUCACUCCACAGUAAUGUAGAGAAGUUUGAAUUUCAGGUUGAGGUGUCUCGGCUUAUGGACAUCAUUAUCAACUCACUUCGCAGCAAUAAAGAUAUCUUCCUUAGGGAAUAUAUUUGGCAUGGUAGUGAAUAUAUUUGUGUACGAAGGACAUAUUUUGGUAUGAUUCUCCGUUUUGUAUGAAAUAAUAUUAUUAUUUUAGGUUGGAAUAUACUUAAUUUGUAUGAAAUUUGACAUUAAAAGUUAUUCAUUUUUGGAUGGUUGGAAGUGAAA